CCCAAACAACGCUGAAAACAACCCUUAAAACUAGUUCAACGCCUUUUACAAUAUAUUUCACACAUUUAAACAAACUUAAGAGAACAAAUAUUAGUAUACAGUAUUUCUUUUUUUAUGUUUAAGAUACCAGGUUGUAUUUGUAAUAUGUUUUAAAUCGUCUUUUGAACUCAAAAUCUGGACAUUAGCUUCGUUUUGAAUGACUUGAAUUCUUGAUUCCACUGCAGUGCAGCCAGCUCGUACCGUGAAAAUCAAACUUCAAAGCAUAGCAGUACAUAACAACAUAUCUAAUAUGCGCUAAUUAAAAACAAAACGCAACCAAUGAUGUCAGGGAUAAAAUUGACACCAGUUGGAGGAGGGGACAGUGUUGAAGUUCCGCUUGGGAAAACUGUCAUUGGCCGAGGCCCCUUUCUGAAGAUUACAGAGAAGCGUGUUUCCCGUACUCAUGCAGAACUAGAAUUCUGUGAUGGAAAACUGUUUCUAAAAUCAACUCACUCCAACCCAUGUUUUGUCCGAAUAAAGGAUAAAAGUCAGCUUACUCUCCUGAAAGAUGAAAAACAUGUUCUUGAAGAUACUGACGUGUUUGGCUUAUUGCCAGACAAGUUAUUUUAUGAAGUUUCCUAUGAUGAUCCCAAGAUGAAUGGUACAGCUGGGUUUAAUUCGGCCAGUGAAUCUACCUCACAGUCUAAAACAUCCCAGAAAGAGAAGUCAUCAGCUCUAAAAGAUGAAGAUUCUGAUGAGGACCUUGAUAGUAAAGCUAAAUUGCAAAAAGAAAAGAAUACAAAGGUCACAAAAGGUCAGCCUGUGGUCAAGGUGCCAGGUAAGAAGGACAUGGCCUUGCCACUGGACAAGAAGCGAGAACUGCCCACGUGGAUGAAACAAGUAGCAGCAGCCGGCCCUUUACCUGAGAAGAAGAAGAAACCUGUACCCAGAGUCAGCGCUGUGGCCAAGAGAACAGCCAAGUUGGUCCCUGAACCGGAGGAUGAUAAACUUAAUGAGCCUCAACCCAAGGCAACAGCACGCCGAGCUAAUGUCAAAAGAAAAGUAAAAGAUGAUGAUUAUAGUGAUGAUGAACCUCAGACUAAGAAGACAUCCGGCAGAGCGUCUACAAAGGCAAAAGUAAAGUAUAAUGAAGAAGAUGAUGAUGAUGAUGAUGAUGAUGAAGAUUAUGAAGAACCUGUUCCAAAGAGGGCAACUGGUCGAGGUUCUGCCAAGAGAAAGGUUAAGCAUGAUGAAGAUGAUGAUGACUAUGAGGAGGUAAAAUCAUCACCUAAGAAACGAGGGCAUGGCCGAUCGAAGCCUAAAGGCUUGGAUGAGGAAGAAGAAAAACCACGACAGCAGCAUCGAAGACCAGCGAAGGAAGCAGAAUCAGAUGAUGAGAACUUGUCAAUGAGUCAGCGACCCCAGAGAGCUGCUCGCCAGUCAAGGGGAAGCUAUGUUGAUGACAUCAUUAUUGGUGAAGAUGACGAUGAUGAUGCUCUCCCUCCCAGUGCGAAGAAAGCUGAUGAUGAGGACAGUGAUUUUGUUAUUGAUUUUGAUGAUUCUGGCAGCGACUGGGAUAGCAAGAAGAAGAAAAAGGGUAAACCAUCCCCACUGAAAAGUGUGUCGAGUCGCCGAGGACGACCGAAGAGGCUGACUAAAGGUGAUGACUCUGACGAUGACACAUACGUCCCUCGACCGAGCAGAAGUCGUCGCGCUGCUACCAAGCGAAACUACUCUCAGGAGAGUGAGGAAGAGAGCACUGACGAGGAUGAUAUUGUGUCUUCUCCACGAUCAAGAAAGGGCAAAAAACACAAGGAAGACAGUGAUGAUGAUGAUGAUGUGUCAAAAAAACAAUCUUCUAAAAGGAAGAAAACGGUUCAGAGUGAUGAUGACGAUAAUGAUGUUGGAUCGCGGAGAAAGACCAAUAGAACUAUUAAAAAAAACCAAGAUGAUGAUGAUAAGGAGGAAGAUAAUACUGCUUCUAUAAAGGGCAAAAGUCGUAGCAGUGGUGAUGAUGAUGAUGAUGAAGGUGAUGAAAGAAAGAAAAAGAAAAGAAAACACAGAAAACGUUGUGAAUUUGGGAAGAAAUGUUACAGGAAAAAUCCUGCUCAUUUUAAAGAGUAUUGCCAUCCUGGAGAUGCUAGUCAUGAUGAGGAAAGUUCCAAUGAGAGUGAUAACGACAGAACCAAUGCAGAGCAUAGAGAGAAAUUCUACCAUCCAAAGGCAAAUUCAAGACCACAGCGGAAAGUUACAAAUAAUACAACAGGUAAGAAGAGUGUAAUGACUGAUGAUGGUGACGAUGACGGUCUUCCAAACACGUACGACUAUAACGACAGCUUCAUUGAUGACGUCGGCAAUGCCAGCUCCGAUAGCGAUUCCUCGUACCUCGAUCCAGCCGACGAGGAUUCCGACUAUGAACCAGACACACAGGAGAUCAAGUCGCUGAAGAAGGAGGCCAAGGGAUUUGUCAAAAACAAGAAGCUUGUGAAACCAGUCGGAAAACAAAUUGUACCCAAGCCAGACUGAAUAUUUGCUUGUGUUGUGUGCAUGAUUUUGUUUCCCUUAUAUAUAUUUGUGCUUCAGUGCUCACCAUGCAGUAGUGUUUAAGUGUCGUAAUUAUUUGCGCUGCGGGAGGAACAUUAGGCUGUCUUACAGAAAGGAAAUUCCAAAUUAAAUAGCAAAACUAUUUUGGUAUUAGUAUGAUGAAAAGCUUACAAGAACCUCCUGUGUUUUAAAGACCCUUCAAGGUUUUCCAGAUGUUUUGUCCAGUAUUACUUUCAUCAUAAUUCACAAAACUCUCUUAAGUAACUUCACCAUGUCUUUUUGCAGUGCACUUUGAGAUCGUAAAGUUGCGAUAGUUUAGUGAAUUGGGCCUCCGAUUCAUAAAAAAAUCUAUAUUUUUUUUACCUUGCUGUAAUCUCAUCCGCUGUAAUCUCAUCCACAAUAUUCUAAAGUUUGUCAGUUUAGUCAGUAGGUGUUCUUUCAUUUGUUUAACCUAAUAUUAUAGACAGACAAACUCUUUUUUUACAAAUACAAAUAAACAAAACACAGUACAGUUAAAAAAACAUAUAAUGCAACAAUGCAUAGAAGUACAUAAGGCACUAUUCUGAAAACCAGGAAAGAAUGAAAGAUAUGUAUAAAUAUGGCAAUUUUGAUGAGUUGGUCAUGUUUUAGUAUGGUCAUGUUUUAGUAUACUAAUGUUUUAUCAUUAAUCUUAUCAUUAAUCUUAUAUUUUGACUGGUAGGAAAUGUACUGCAAAAUUUGUCAUGCAAGCAAAUACAUAAAAUAUUACAUUUGUAUAUAGUAAAUUAGCACUUGGUUGAAAAUCCAGACAUUAAUGUGGCAAAAUUUUAAUAACCAACAAUCAUCUUAAUAUAUUUUUAGUUUUGUUCCGAUAAACAGCGAUAUAUCGGUUUUAUUGUUUUUAAUACAAAUCAAAGAUAUUCUAAUUGCUACCUGGUGUGGCCGUAACAAGUCUGUUUAAUUUCUUCCUGUCACAUGAUGACAUGACCAAUGUUUAUCUUUAAAACUGUUUUUAAUGCGAGUGACAAAAAGCUUGUUAACCGAAACCUAUUAUUACUUUGUCAUGUCUUAGUAAAAACCUAGUUUUGUAAUUGAAUUCCUAACUAUAUAUACAAAAGUUGCUUGUUUAUUAUUAGUUAAGAAUAUUUAUUUUCUUUACAUAUUUUAUUUUUUAAAUAUUACAUUUUUAAUAUUUCACUAAAAUCUUCAUGAGCUGCUAUUGGGUUGACAUGCUGGAAAAAUUAGUUUUGAAUUUGUUUACCUCAUACUGUCUUUACUGUAUAGUAGAGGAGAGCAUAUUAGGUAACAGUUCACAAAGUGUGCAUUUUAUUGUCAGUAUAUAUAUAUAUAUAACAUUUUUGGUGGUAUUGAUUUAGAGAAAAUAAUACACACGCAACUGUUGGGAGACAGUUUAUCCGACUAGUGAUUGCUAAAAGCCACAAGUUGUAAGAUAAAUCAUCUUCAGUGGGCGCAAUUGUAUUAUUAUAUUUCUAUAAGAAAUCUGUUUAAGAAUACAGGAAACUAGCUGCCAUUAUUUACCUAGUUGGAUCAUCAAUACAUCUGGUAUGUGUCAUAUCCUAAUGCCCAUAAUGCCAUGCUAAUCAACAUGCCAAUCACCAUCACAUUGAUAUAAUAGUAUCCUAAUCACCAAUACACCUGGUGUAUCACAUCCUAUCACCAAUACACCCAGUAUAACACAUCCUAAUAACCAUAACACCAGGUAUAUCACACCCGGUGUAUCACAUCCUAAUAACCAUAGCACCUGGUGUAUCACAUCCUAAUAACCAUAGCACCUGGUGUAUCACAUCCUAAUAACCAUAGCACCUGGUGUAUCACAUCCUAAUAACCAUAGCACCUGGUAUAUCACAUCCUAAUAACCAUAGCACCUGGUAUAUCACAUCCUAAUCACCGAUACACCUGGUAUAUCACAUCCUAAUCACCGAUACACCUGGUAUUUCUCAUCUUAAUCACAAAUACACCUGGUAUAUCCCAUCCUACUCGCUGAUACACCUAAUAUGUUUCUGCCAGAAAAAAAAAAAUUGGGGUGGGGCACUAUGGAAUUGAUUAUUUACAAUGGCAUGCUGAAUGCAACCGCAGUCGCUAGGGAGUAUUGGGGGUCUCACCCAGAAAGAAAAUGGGUUAGGUUUAGGGUUAAGAAAAGCAUACAGUAAUGAUAAGAAUAAUUCAUUUUGUCAAAAGGUGAACUUAAAAAAUAGAAUCUGCAAAAUUUGGGUAUGGUGCCAUUCCCAUUUUACCAUCAGGCCGAAACCCUGUAUGUAUCACCUAAUGACCAAUACACCCAAUAUAUCACUGAUACACCUGGUAUAUUGGAAUCUCAUUAAAAGUGCAUCUGGUAUUUCACCUCCUAAUUAUCAGUACAUCGCCUCCUAAUUAUCACCCAAUUAUUAAUACACCUGGUAUAUUGUAUCCUACGAUCGUAAUCUCCAAUACACCUGACAUAUUGCAUCCUGUUCACCAAUGUACAUCACAUUCUAAAAACAUAAAUACAUCUGGUAUAUCGCAUCCUGUUCAUCACUAUAAAUGUGUAAAAUCAUAAUCACUAGUACAUUGUAAAGUAUUGAUGAAACCUACAUGAUGGUGCAUUGUUUACUGUAACGGGUGUCACUGGUUGGAUUCCUUACAUGAACAUAACUUGGAUGUUUCUUUUUUUGGAGCAUUUUGUGUGUGUCAAUAUUGUAGAGUUAACAAUUUGAGUGCUACUUUUCACAACAGAAAUGCUGUCGACCUCUGAAUGUUAUAGAUAUAUCAAAACCAUUUGGCAAAUGUAUAGGACACAAUAAAAGAUUCUAGCCAUUGUCUGGCUGUUGGAACAUUUGGAUUAGACCAUUGUUAAAGGAAGAAAUGCACACAGGUCAGGUUUUGGUAUGAAGACAAAUUCCAAAUGAGAUUGCUGUAUUGUGUAGUGCAAAAAAUGUUACAUGAUCAGUUUUUUGUUGUAGCAGAAAUCAGCAGACACUAAACAUGUCUGGGUUUUGUUUAGUUUUCUGUAUAUUAAAACAUUUUACGCAUGAAUGCUAAACAGAUGGAUAGUUCAUCAUACAAACCAUUUUUAAAAACUGUAAAAGGUUUAUGUAGUCACUGUUCAAUAUCAAAUGUUUAUGCUGCUUAUUGCAAAUGUUAAUACUUCACAGUUGCUUUCAACGUGUAGCACAUUUUUGAAUAUACAUCUUCAUUUUAAAGGGACACACCCUAGUUACGGCUAGUUGUUAACCAUUACGGCAUUGUUUUUCACCCAUUUUUUUCACAAAUAAAAUUGCACUUUACUUACCGUUUAUUAAUUAGAAUAUACAUUUCCA